UGCUCACAUUCCCACCUGAGCUCCACCUUCUCAGAUGAGCAGCAGCAUUAGAUUCUCAUAGGAGAACGCACCCUGUUGUGAACUGGGCAUGUGAGGGAUCUAGGUUGCGCUGUCCUUAUGAGAAUCUAAUACCUAUUGAUCUGUCACUUUCUCCCAUCACGCUCAGGUGGGAACAUCCAGUUUCAGGAAAACAAGCUUAACACGCCCACUGAUUCUACAUUAUGCUCCUACCUCCCGGCAGCCUCUCCAGGCCCAGAACUUUCUCCAGUCAGCCUCUACAGACCAAGCUCAUGACUCACCAUGGCCUAUUUAGGCCCAUACCCUACAUCACGGCAGUCUCCGCAGAUGAGCCUACUGCCUCACAACAGCCUCCACAGGCACAGCUCCAUCGUUACAAUGGCCUCUUUAGACCCAGCUCCUGCCUCCCAGCCUUCUCUCCAGGCCCUGAACUUUCUCAAGUCGACCUCACCAGGCCCAGCUCAUGCUUCUUUGCAGCCUCUCCAGGCCCAGCUCCUGCAUCUUGGUGGCCCCUCCAGGCCCACCCUCUACCUCCCGUCAGCCUCUACAGUCCCAACAUCUGCCUCACAGCAGAUUCUUCAUGCCCAGCAUCUGCCUCACUGUGGACCCCCCAAGCCAAGCUCCCAACCUUUCAGCAGCUUCUACACACCCAGCUCCUGCCACCCAGUGGCCUCUUUAGGCCAAGCUCAUGCUUCACAAGGGCCUUUCCAGGCCCAACUUUUGUCUCAUGGCAACCUUCCCUGGCCAGAUUCCUGCCUGUCUCCCAGCAGCCUAGACAGGCCCAGGUCUUGCCUCACACUGGCCUCUCUACAUCCAGCUUAUGCCUCAUGGUGGCCUCUCCAGGCCCAACUCCUGUCCCAGGACGUCAUCUCCGGGCCCAAAACUUACUCAAGUCAGACUCUCUAGUCCCAACUGCUGCCUCCUGGUGGCCUAUGAAGGCCCAAAAUCUCCUCAAGUUGACCUCUCCAGGCCCAGCUCCUGCCUCCUGUUAGUG